GCUGUGGCGAGGCGCAUGCCACGGCCCCGCGCUCCCCCUCCGGCGCCAGAGCACCGGCUCAUUACCACCACAGCAAAAUUCGCCGACACAGCGCCGCCCGAGACUGAUCGAAUGGCGUUCCCCUGCUUGCCCGCGGCGCGGCCACCGCCGCGCGCCGUCCGAGCCCGAGGCAAGCGUCCCCGCGGCCGGCGGCCCGCGCUGACGGUCGUGGCGGCCGGAACCCGCAUCAGCAGCGGCGCCGAGGCCCGUGGGUCGCUGGUGCUGGCGCUCGUCUCUCAGGCCCUCGCCGCCUCGCAGCGCCGCGCCGUCGAACUCGUCACCGAGGCCGCCAAGUACGCCCUCCCUUCCGGCCGCUUCGAGCCACGGACCCUCGAGGAGGCCCUCAUGUCCGUUCCCGACCUCGAGACCGUCCCGUUCCGCAUCCUGAAGCGCGAGGAGGAGUACGAGAUCAGACAGGUGGAGUCCUACUAUGUCGCUGAGACGACGAUGCCUGGAAGAACUGGGUUUGAUUUCAACGGAUCGUCUCAAUCGUUCAACGUGCUGGCGUCUUACUUAUUCGGUAAGAACACAAGGUCCGAACAAAUGGAAAUGACGACCCCUGUUUUUACUCGUAAGGAGGAAGUUCGCGGUGAAACUAUGGAAAUGACCACCCCAGUUAUAACAAAGAAGUCAGCUGAUGAAAAUAAGUGGAAGAUGUCUUUUGUGAUGCCAUCAAAAUAUGGCCCAGACUUGCCGCAGGCAAAAGACCCAUCUGUGACUAUCAAGGAGGUGCCCAGCAAAAUUGUAGCGGUUGCGGCCUUUCCAGGUUUGGUUACAGAUGAUGACAUAAGCCAAAGGGAAUCCAGAUUGCGGAAAGCUCUCCAGAAAGAUACCCAGUAUCGAGUAAAAGAGGAUUCAGUCGUGGAAAUUGCACAGUAUAAUCCCCCUUUCACACCUCCGUUCGCAAGGCGCAAUGAAGUAGCACUAGAGGUCGAGGGGCUUGAUAGUACCUCCUGAUGUCCAAGACUAAUAAAUAAGUUGUUAAAUUUCAGGUUGUAUGCAGAUGUACAUUGUCCCUAACAUUCUCGCUAGUGCAGUAUGUAUAGUAUA